AACUUUGUGACGUCUCGCUCCCACACUGUCAACUUUGCUGUGUGAGUGAGACAGAGAGUGUAAUGAAACUUCGCGAUGUCUCGCUCCCACACUGACAAUUUUUCCGUGGGAGCGAGACGCAUUGCUGCAAAAUCCUCGUUUUCUCUCACUCACACUUUCUGUUUUUCACGAUUUUCUCGCAUUUUCCGCCGAGUUUUCCAUCCGGGUGUCGUUUUUCGAGCGUAGGAGGCGACGUCGCGUCGUUUGGCAUCAAAAACGCAGAAAAUUCAAAUUUUGCCGAAAAAAAUUUUUUCCCAGAGUGUAAAAAGCCAAAAAAUGAAAUAGCAACAGUAGCAGUCCCUCUCGCUCGCACUUCGUCUAUUGUAUUAGCACAUGUCGCAUUUUGAAUGGGGUUUUUGUCAGUUGCAAUACAAGCUGAUUCGGCAGUCGAACAAAAUGGACAAAAUGAAUGUUUUUGUUGAAGGUGUUUGCGAUCAAAUGUGCCCGGAAAAUGAGAUAAAAGUGAGAACUCGAGAAAAACUCGUGCAUUUCUUUGAGAAAAACCCCGAAAAUCAGAGGGUUGAAACGGGGCGAUUUGUCAAAGCAUUCGCGAGAUCAGCGGCAGGAAAAACGAUUGAAGCUCAUGAUUUGAGGACACUGAGGGCACUCAGGGUGACUGUUAAUUACCUCCUGACUGUGAUUAUUGCAGACAAACGGAAACCCUUUCAUUUCGUCUAUGAUUUCAUUUUUGAUCGCCUCCGGGCUGUGCGACAGGAGAUUGUUAUGCAAAAUCUCAGUCCGGGUGAUACCCUGACACUCAUUGAACCAAUAAUAUUCUUCCUCAUCUACAGUCGGUAUCGUCUCUGCGAGCAACCACUUGCAAAUUUUGAUCCAAAGAUCUGCCGACAGCACACAACGGAGUGCAUCCAAACAGCAUUGGUGUGCUACGAUCAAGGAGGAGGAUCAGCUGAACUGGCAAAUCGCUAUCUAUUUGAAGCUAUAUACCUCGUGACUAAUCUUGGGAAUGUAGAUGCACUCAUGCGAGGAAUCUCCGUUGCACGCGGCAUGAGAAGUGGAAGCAACAGGACUUUCGAGGAUGCACUGAAAAUGUCCCUUCUUUGCUGGCAAAAGAACUACUACCGUGUACUCGAAAUGUGGAGUACACAGCCGACAAUUUGUUGCCUCGCAGCUACGGAAAAUGUUCCGGAUAUCCGUGAGAAAUUCCUCACAACACUCGCAACAGCUUAUCACAGCAAACACCUCACUGUUCCCCUGGAGUGGUUGGUGCGAAUUCUCCGAUAUGGCGACAGGUGUCAACUGCAGCGAGAUCUCCGGCGAUUGAAUGUAGAAAUAAUCAAUGGGACUGAUGCAAAAUUCGAUAAGGUGGCAUUUGAGAAACGUGAGAAGAAUUUGGUGCAUUGCCGGGAAGCUAUUGUUGAGGAAAAACUCACAACGCAUCCAUUCAGUUUGAACAUCAAAUUUAGCACCCAUGCUCCAUCGUAAAUAAAUCACCUGGUGGACUGACGUGAUAGAGCAGAAGAAAUAUGAAGUACAAGAAAAAUUGAAAGACGAUGAGGCAGGAAAAAACGUACAUUAUACACAUUAUUUCUUUAUUCAGUCUCACACAAUGAAGAAUAUAGCAUUGAUUUUCAACGGCAAUCUCAAGUACAGCAAUACACCCAAGGAAAAGACUGCAAAAUAAUAUUAAGGUAAAUUUCUUUUUAAUUAUAUUUUUAGAGAACAAAGUUUAAUUAAACUUUUUCUCACUAUGAAUUAAUUUAAAAGAGAGGAAAUGCUUAAUUUUUAAUAUGAAUUGACUAGAAAAUUAAUUUUGUGUUAUAUUCCCUUUAAAAAUCAUUUAAAGGGAUGGGGUUUUGAAAUGAAUUAAUAAAUUCUUUUUUGAUUAAAA